AUGGAUUGCCUCACCUCCCGUUGUGACUACACCUAUUGUGUGAUGGUUUUAUUUACCAUCUUGAGCAUUGUGGCCUUCAUCGUGGUGGUGGCCUUGGGGGUAGGUAAGGACCUGUUCAAGGAGUUUGGCGCCACCGACACCGUUGAACUGCAGAGCUCCAUAGAGGACCUUAUUGUUGCGAAUUCCAGCUGCACCUUCAGGCGCCUGCUCGGUGUCUCUGGUCGUGUCUGCUUGAAUAAUAAUCUCAACGCAAACACGCUUGCCGUCCAGCUCGGCGCGUGGAACAUGCAGUGCUACACCCUGUACUUCCUCGCCAUGCUGUUCUCCAUCUUUGCGUUUGUUUACGCCAACAUCGUGGAUUGCCAGCGCCGCAAGCUUGAGCGCGAGGCCAACCUUGCCCUCAACCCUCAGCCGCCGCCGCAGCAGCAGCAGCAGCAGGGGCAGGAGCAGGAGCCGCCGCAACGGAAGCGCGGCCGCAAGCGCGAAAGUAAGAACGAAGGCAAGCAUGAAUUGGACAAUUCUGCCCGUGAAUUGGAGGAGGGCGCAGCUGCGCAGGAACCGAAGGAUCAGCAGCAGCAGCAGCAGCAGCAGCAACAACAGCAACAACAACAACAACAACAACAACAAGUCCAGCAGCAGCGGCAGCAGUUUGCAAUACCAUCUGCUGUGCCCCCCAGCGAAGGGCCCAUUCAGUUAUACGGCACGCCCUUCUACGAAUUCAUGCGCAUUGCGUGGUUUGUGAUGGGUGUGGCUGUCUUCUUUUGGGUGUGCAAUCUCUUGUACUCCUACUGGGACUUUUAUUCCUAUUACCGUCACUCUACAAAGGGAAAACUGCGAGAUUUUCUGGUCGAAUACAAUACCCGUUUUACCGCCUCUGUCAUUUGCGUCACGGUAUACCUCGCCUGGCCCCUCGUAAACAUAUUUGUCGAGUUGGUCUUGUGGGUCGUCUUCUUUGUGCCGUGGCUGCUUAUCCGCACCUUGUGCAAGCCCGGCAUUGGGAACCUGCGCCCCGCGCUUCCCCUCGAUGAGAUGCCCGGUUGCAUUCGUUGCGACAUGUUUUUUAUGGACUUCAACGACGUGAAACGCGCCGGCUUCUCGGAGCCGGCGUGGCGCCUCAUGACAGGCAGCACCGCGCCUCUCAUUGACCUCUGCGAGUGCCCCAACGUCGACCGCGACCCCACGAUGUCGGCGUGGCACCAGUACCAGUACGAGUGGUACAUGCGGAUGCAGAACGCGUACCCAAUCGGCGUCAUGCCGCGAGUGAGCCAACAGCUCCCGCAGCCUGGCGCGGCGGCGGUGGAGCUGGAGGUGCGGGAGGGCGGCGCAAGGCGCCACAGACACCGCAGCAGCAGCAGCAGCUCGCGCCGCCGCCAACGCCAGCACCGCCGCCGCCGUCACGCGAGCGACGUAAGUGGGGCGAUGGUCGCCGAAGCCGCCGGCCCCGCGACUGACCUCGCGGCAGGGGCGCCGGCGGAGGAGGCUGGCGGCGUCGGCACGCCGCGGCGGCGGCACCACAGCGGCGGCCACCACCGCCCUAGGUCGCGCGAGCACCGCAGCCGAUCCGACGCGCGCGACGAGGACGGCGGGGAAACCAACGGCGGCGUGGAGGGGGGCCGCGGCAGACGCCACAGUAGACGAAGCAGCAGCCGCCACCGCCACCGCCACCGCCGCAGCGAAGGCAACCAAACAGCCAACGCCGCCGGUGCAACCCCGGGGCAGAACAGCCGCAGCCCAAGGGCGGACCUGGACCGCAUGCUUGACGAGCUCUAG